AGUCACUCAGAAGCAUCAGCUUAUUUUGCUCUUUUCCUAACUAUUAAACGGUUUGAAUUAAAAAACCAUGAACUUUUACAAAAUCUUCGUCUUCGUCGCCCUCAUUCUGGCCAUUAGCUUGGGACAAUCGGAGGCUGGUUGGCUAAAGAAGAUUGGCAAGAAAAUUGAACGCGUUGGCCAGCACACUCGAGAUGCCACAAUCCAGGGUCUGGGUAUCGCUCAGCAGGCCGCUAAUGUUGCUGCCACAGCCAGAGGUUAAAUUCAAGCACCGGUCAUCGAAAUACAACUACUUUAUUUAAUAACUUAUUUAUUUAAUGAAAA